AUGGACUUCACCAAUUACAACCUGGAGGACCUGUACAAGGCAUUUGCCAUCGACAUUAACAGCACAGAGAUCCCCGUGCUAGAGAGUCACUUCUGCUCCACAGUGGAGGGACCUCUACUCACUUCCUUCAAGGCAGUGUUCGUGCCUGUGGCCUACAGCCUCAUCUUCCUUCUGGGUAUGAUCGGCAACAUCCUGGUGCUCGUGAUCCUGGAGCGACAUCGGCAGACACGGAAUUCCACUGAGACCUUCUUGUUCCACCUGGCGGUGGCCGACCUUCUACUGGUCUUUAUUCUGCCUUUUGCUGUGGCCGAGGGCUGGGUGGGCUGGGUGCUAGGGACCUUCCUUUGCAAAACCGUGAUCUCCCUGCACAAGAUCAAUUUCUACUGCAGCAGCCUCCUGCUGGCCUGCAUCGCUGUGGACCGUUACCAGGCCAUUGUCCACGCUGUCCAUGCCUACCGCCACCGUCGCCUCCUCUCCAUCCAUAUCACCUGUGCAACUAUCUGGCUAGCUGGCUUCCUGUUCGCUUUGCCAGAGAUUCUCUUUGCCAAGGUCAGUCAACCCUAUAACAAUGACUCCCUGCCACACUGCAUGUUCUCCCAAGAGAACGAAGCUGAAACCAGAGCCUGGUACACCUCCCGCUUUCUCUACCAUAUUGGGGGCUUCCUGCUGCCCAUGUUGGUGAUGGGCUGGUGCUACGUGGGGGUCGUACACAGGCUAUGCCAGGCCCAGCGGCGCCCUCAGCGGCAGAAGGCAGUCAGAGUGGCCAUCUUAGUGACAAGCAUCUUCUUUCUCUGUUGGUCACCCUAUCACAUUGUCAUCUUCCUAGACACACUGGAGAGGCUGAACGCUGUGGAUAACAGCUGCAAGAUGAAUAGCUAUCUCCCCGUGGCCAUCACCACAUGUGAAUUCCUGGGCCUGGCCCACUGCUGCCUCAACCCUAUGCUUUAUACCUUCGCAGGAGUGAAGUUCCGCAAUGACCUGUCUCGGCUUCUGACCAAGCUGGGCUGUGCUGGCCCAGCCUCCCUAUGCCAGCUCUUUCCCAGCUGGCGUAAGAGCAGUCUCUCUGAGUCAGAGAAUGCCACCUCCCUCACCACCUUCUAG